UAUCGGCCUAUCAAAGCUGUCAUCGGUAAUCGACGCACGACGGGUCGAUCGCAAUGGCGGUUUCAGUAUUUGCGUGAAUAUAGUCAACAAACUUAAAAUGUGAUAGUGAAUAAAAUACCACCAGCAGAAUUGAAAAUAACCCAUAUCAUAUGCAAUUUUCUGAACUUGUACGUCGAGUGGUGAAUGAAACGCUGUUUCCGAUGUGGAAGCAGUUACAGAUGGGACUUCGGGCAUUUUUGCUAAUAGCAUCGCGAGUUUGGACAUGUCUCUGCUACACGCUAAAAAAACAAACUCGGGCUAUAAUACAGCACCAGUCUGUGAAAUACGACCUGUUUCCAUUAUCUCCGUUAUCUAGGCAUAGACUAAGUAUAGUGAAGCGUAAAGUGCUUGUAUUGGACUUGGACGAGACGCUGAUACACUCGCACCAUGAUGGCGUGGUUCGACAAACGGUGCGACCUGGCACGCCACCAGAUUUUGUUCUCAAGGUCAUCAUUGACAGACACCCAGUCAGGUUUUUUGUGCACAAAAGGCCGCACGUUGAUUUCUUCCUAGAUAUAGUAUCCCAAUGGUACGAAUUAGUCGUAUUCACAGCCAGCAUGGAGAUCUACGGUGCUGCGGUGGCAGACAAGCUGGACGCGGGCAGAGGCAUACUGAGACGGCGGUUCUACCGACAGCACUGUACGCCGACGUUUGUGUCCUACACCAAGGACCUCUCGGCCAUUUGCGAUGAUCUCAGCAGCGUGUUCAUCUUGGACAACAGUCCGGGAGCGUAUAGCGCUUAUCCAGAUAACGCGAUCCCGAUAAAGUCCUGGUUCAGCGACCCGACGGACACGGCGCUGCUCAACCUGCUUCCCGUGCUGGACGCGUUGCGUUUCACGGCCGACGUCCGGUCGGUGCUGUCGAGGAACCUGCACCAGCACCGGCUGUGGUAGGGCCCAUCCACACCCAUGCUCAUCAUACGAUCACCAAUCACCAUUCGCGCGUACACAUACGAUCAGUUUCAGCCAAUUAGAGAGCGGGUAGCACCGCGCAGACACACAUAAGUGCCACCUUUGACGCCAAGCCAAUGCCAAGUCGCCUCUGCAUCACGAUCUACGUGCACUCGUAGUAGGUAAGUGCUGGUGACGGCUUUGACGCGGGCUUGUUUCAGCGCGCCCCAAAUGCCUGCCGUCGCCAUGACGGCCAUUCCGACCGCCGCACCGACGUCCGAGCUGGACGCCUCGUCGAUAGUGACGCAAGUGGCGCCACCCGGCGUCAUCUCUGCUGUAUCCGGUGGCCCGAAGGAACCGCCUCAGCGUAGACCGCGCUCCAGGAUCCCGCAACGUACUUGCAACGACUGAGGCAGGAGACAGCCGCCCCUUGCCGGGGGCGGCGGGAAGAGAACUGCCGCGGCUUAGACAGCAGGGACGAAGGUAAAGCGUGUGGAUUAAGAGGUUGGAAGAAAUUCGAUUCCAAGCAUACCUUUCUCUUUUGUUACUAAAGUAUGACGUACAGGUUUUCGAGAGUAACUUCUGUUUUCAUAAAGUUCUGCGAGGUCUGUAAAUUAAGUGAAUACAAUUUUAUAUUGUCACACUCAAAAUAACUCCCUUCUGAAGCCUCACAGCACUCCUCAUGGCAGUGUAUGAACUCGGAUACUGCAAUAGCCGUUUGAACGUUUUCGACUGUCCCUUGAGGUGAUUUUACAACUUCGGGAAGAGAAAAAACUCACAAGGGUAGGGGAUAUUUUCGUUAAGGCAGAUGAUAACUAUUUAAAGUGGUACGCGCCCAGUGUGCUCUUUUUUGAGUAAUUUGAACAUUGUUGGCGUGUAUCGUGUAUGGCUGAUAUUCCUCUAUUUACAGGUUACGUAUUUAUGGUUGCGAGUGUCACUGCGAUUCCUUAGGAUUUAGUCAUAUUUAAACUCAACCGUCUAAUUUCACUCCAAACUCACAACUGUCGCAGAUUCCAUCCUUUGUUCGCUACUGGAAACAAUCUAAAACAAUGUCAAUGCAGGGCGCCCCUUACUAAUCAGUGCUUCAUUAUGAGUGACUUUUUGGAAAUAAAAUUAUUUUUUAAUCAUGUGACUUGUUGAAAAUGUUUUUUUCUUAACAAAAACAAUUGUACAAUUCAUUUGAUCCUUCGUCGCUAAUUUUGGAUUUUCAGGUUGCUAAGAAAAGCCUAAGUGAUACUAGUUUUUUGAAGUUACAAGGCGUGUAUGGUGUUGAGUCUUAUUUUUUAUACAGAAAAUGUAUCUAUAUAAAAGUAACCUGUAACGUGGAAUAUACCACUUCAAAAAUCUAUUUAGCUGUUCUAUUGUGUAUAAAAAAAUCUUGAUUUAAAUAAAAUGUUUGAGUUUCCAACUGAUCGGUAUGUCUCCUCAAUGAACUAUGGCAGAUGUCUGAUGUAGGCACUAAAGUUUUAGAAUAACCUUACAGAUCUUUUAAUUCGUUUCCUUGAUGUAUCUCCUGAAACUAUGUGGCUUUUAUGUUCAUAGGAUUCCGUUAUCUGACCGAAUCGAAACCACAAUAUAUUUUUUAAUUUCAGUUUAUUGUACGAUGUUUCGACCACCACUGUGAUUUUUUUCAAGUGUAAUUAUGAAGCUUGCUAUAGUCGAAAAUAUAACUGGUAUCUUUCACAAAUCUGAAAGAAUUAUUCCGACAACGCGCGUCGUUUCUGUCGUGACGUCACACGACAUAAGUUCGGAUUCUGGGACUGUCCUUGCAUAUCGCAUUCAUCCUUAGCGCUAAAACUGACCAGUCUCAAUAUAUUGUUUGUAUCUUACUGUGCGAUAUUAUAUAUCAAUAUAAGGAGGUUUUCUGCGUGUUUCAACAGUUCUAAAAUAUGGCCAAAAUUGUUCACUAAGUUUAAAAAAAAAACAUAUACGUUUUCCUGAUCGCUGAAAACGAAUAUGAUAUAUUUUUCUCGUAGAUCAAAAUAGCGGAUUUAAUUUCAUCAAUCAGUUACAACCAAAUUACAGUUUUUUAUGUUUUCAAAGUAUAAUUUAUGCUUUAUUGUACUUACUUGCAUUCAGUGUCAGCCAAAAUUGACAUAUUUGACAAACAUGCUACUAGUCGAAAGAGAGCGGACCAUGGGCUUUUUAUUUUCUUUUUUAAUUCACUAAUUAGGGAAAAAUUGUUACAUAUUGUUGACGUAUCGGUUGGGCAGUAAUAUAAGUAUACACUAUACAUACCUUCGUCUCCGCAAUCCAUUUUAGCACAUUUUUUUAUUUUAAACGUGACACUAUUUGAUUAUAUAAAUACAUACAAUAUUCACAUUGUCUAUCACUCGUCAAAUCUAUCCCCGUUCUCGUUCAUACCAAUAUUUAUUUUCAUCCUUGUUACCAUAUGAAAUACGUAUCGACUAACAUCAAAACGAUAUUUACAGCAGUACAAUGAUAUUUCCGAAAGAUACAAUUUUCUCAUCCAUUACUUGUAAUUCUUCUAUUUUUCGGCACAGAUAAACAUGGCUUUUUGGAACCGAUAUUUGUACAUCUACGUGCAAUACAGAAUUUGUAAGUCUGUGGUCUGAUCAAUGUUUUAUUCGUUCACCAUAAAUUGUAAAUACCGACCAGGGCACCGUUUGUACACGACGGACGCAUCGUUUUGUGGUAGCGAUGGAAGCUGGUGUCAUGUGACGUCAUCACUCAGCGUCGCGUCAUUUUUUAAGAUAUUAAAUUUUAUUUUCAAUGCUUGGAUUAUCAUUUUAUGUAUGGUUCAGAAAAUAGGAAACUUCCUCACGAUCGAUUGUCGGUGGUCGAAACGUCAUACGAUAAACUGAAAUCUAAGUAUAUAUGAUUCGGCCACACUGGUUCCUAUUUUGUUUCCUAUUUAUUUAUUAAUUCAACGUACUGUAAAAAUAAUUCGUACAUAUAAAUAUGUAAAUAUUAAUUUAGAUGAGGGUAAUGUUUUCCAGAACCAAAGACGGAUAACUUUAUUGUACUUUUUAUUAUUUUGCCCAAAUUGUUUCAUCUUUGAUACCAACAAAAUUUCGUUUUUGUUCCUCGUGAACUGUUAAGAUAGGAUAAGUAACGUUUUUAGCAUGUAAUAUCUUAUCGUAAGGGUUUUCAAGGUACGUUUUCUGCAUCAGAAAGUGUACUCUGUAAAAAGGACCGGGCACAAAACAUACGGAAAAUGGAAACAAGUCGAUUUGUCUAACGAUUCAGUAUGAUAUAUUUUUUGCUUUCCUGACUAAAAAUAUCCAUGGGGGAUUAGUUUCUAAGAAAUAGGCACGAGUUGCUCGAGAAUUCGAUAACCCAAUAGGUCAGAUUGUUUUUGAAGGACUCAGAAACGUAGCUUAUGAUUUUUGCAAGGUCAAACCAAGGUCAUGUUGAUUUUGAAGGUGAAAGGAAAAGGGCACAUGUGCAAACAUUGCUUUAGGUUGAAACUUAUUCAUCUCCUUGCACAUUCAUGCCCUAUUUCACUGAAUUCUCGAGCAAUUCCUGUCCAGCAUGAACAUAUGAAAAUCAACUGACCUUGUAGGGAUCAUGGCCGCGAUUAACAUGACACCUGCCUAUUAACAAUAUAUUUCUGUUGUGUAUUGACUUUCCAAGUUCAUUGUUUUUGCAAAUCAGGCAAACCUUAUCCAUCUAUUUCUCAAAAAAUAAUCAUAGGAUUGUUUUGGACACUUUCCUUCAAGAAGCCAAAUAUCAUACUGAAUUUUUAGUCAAAUCGACUGGGACCCAUUUUCCAUAUGUUUUAUGCUUAUAUCCAGAACAAAUUGAUUUUUACGAAUAUUUUGCCUGAAAUACGAGCAAAGCUAAAACCAAGUUGAGAGUAAAUGUUCGAUACUUUUCAAUCUUGUCAGUACAAUUCCAUAUAUAAGCAGUUAUAAUUUAAAAAAAACUGAUGCGCAUAGCCACGUUUUAAGUUGGUGCAUCUUUAGCCAGUUUAAAAAUCGUGAGAUUCUUUAGUCAAGUAAUAUUACUACUUAUAGCAGAUCUGAUGUAUAUAAUGUUGUAUUCAUGAAACAUCCAAGUGGACGUAUAAUAAAUUAAAUUCAUAUAGCUUAUUAUUUACUGCAUCAGAAUACUAAAAGCUGCUUUUUUAUCAACGCCUUGUUCUUUUCAAAUGGAUUAAUCUAAAAAUAUGCAUUGUCCAAUUUUAUUUGAAUAUUCGUCUUCCUAAGUUUAUGAAGUAAGAAUGCUUCUGUUUAUCGAAUGUUUUAAAUAACAGACGUUCUGUGAAUACAUAAAUCAGAACAAAGCGCUACUUAAGCGGUCACUGACACUACGUUCAUACGUCCACGUAUAAACGCUGCGAAAUGAAUAACAUAUACAGUGUGUCCCAACCGUGAGACGACGCUGUAUUACUCAUUAACAAACACUAUUCAAAGAAAAAUAUAUAUGGUAACUCGUAACGAACUGAUAUUAAAAAAAACUCAUGGUAAUGGAGACUCGAUAGUGCAAAAAUAUACAAGGUGUUUCAUUUAAUGUUUUUGCGAAAAAGUACCUUUUUCGGUUUUGACCGCUGUGUAUUGAUCGUUCAGAAAAUUCGAAAUAAUUAGGCUAAAAUUGAGGAAAGGAAAAAAAAAUUUCGACACAAAAUUCAACAUAGCAUAUAUGAAGGCUGUCAAACUUUGAUGUUUUUAUAUAAAAUAGCCAUCAAAUUCAACAACUAAUAACCAAAACCCAUAAAUAUGUUACAUCAUUUUUGUUCCUCUAAAAGGACCUAUCCGAAUUUAUAAUAAAAAGUAGGGCAUUCCAUUUUAGAAAAAUUAACUUUGAUAUGUGAUAUAUAAUGACCCAUAACUUGUUUUCUUUGAUUAGUUUUUGUUUAGGACCAACUUCGACCUGUAUAUUAGUUAAAACGGUUCAACACUAAACCAUAUUAGUAAUACUUUUUAAUCGGAAGAAUCGUUUAGCAUGUGAACUCUAUGGGAAGGUGAGUCUGGUGAGGUGUUCGUAUUGUCACCCUGUGAGGCUUUACAUGCGCCACCUCGCUAGCUUGCAAACAGACAGUACGCAAAAUCAGAAAUGUCGUAUUCAUUUCUUAUAAUAACUAGUUCGGACUAGAGAAAGCAUUCCCGCUCUAGGGUCGGCCCACCUCGGGGUCAUCUCUUGCCAUUCUUCCCUGCGUGAAUACCAGCUGUGCUUUACAGUGCCAGCUAGAAUAAAGUACCGUUUUUCAUAAUUUAAUAUUGUUUAUUCGUCAGUACUUCCGUGUUUUACCAUAGUCAGCUCUUUGCAGCGUCAAGCACAAUUGUGACAGGAGAAACGCAUGUCAGUGAUCGUUUUGAGGUACGCAACCAUUCUGUUUGUAAUAGUUUUUGGUUCAAAAAAAUGAUCGCUGGUAAAUUAAAUGUAAAUCCAAGUUUGUAGAUAGCUAAGGCCGUACUUUUGCUAGAAACUUUUGUAUAUAUUUAGGAGUACGUUGUGACAUAAUUUAUAAAUAUAAGAAGUUGGUAGUUCAACUUGGAACAAGAAGUACCUAAACGACCUUUUACAAUAAUGUAAAUUUUACUUAGCAUUAAAUAAAAUUUCAUUAAAAA